AUGGCUUAUAACUUCUUGAAUGAUCCCAUGACUCCCUCCAAGGAUCCGAUAUCGUUAGACGGACCGCCGCCGGACAAUCUUGUGCCCUCUGGAUUUGUCGAGUCUCGAAUACGGCAACUCAAUAUCAUGUCAAGCAAAGACCGCCCCAAGCUUCAGAAUUCGCUCCAUGUCGCGAACGUGCGUGAAGGCGAAGAGGUUUGCAGCCCGGCUUGCCAGGGUACACGGCUUGAGGUCACUGCUUCACCUCCAGUUGGACAUUCGUAUCCGGGCUUGAGAAUUAAUGACAGUCACAGCGAUGACAACGGAGUUGCUUGGGAAGCGACAUCGAUAAGUGCUCAUAUGUACAAUAAUUUGGAUUUAGCAAAUUCAGGGGCCUCUCCACUAGGCAAGGCUGUUUCAAAGACAACCGUGGCCUCGCAGUGUACACCACUAUCUCGAGAAAAUAGCAGUCCAGCAGAGCAUCAGUAUGAGUCCAAGCAUGAGCCGACAAAGGAUACUGAGGCAAACGAGCAACAGGAGUUACUACAGAACACUAGAAGCUCGCCCACCAGAAAAGCAACCGAUUUAAUCUCAAAAACGCCAGGAGCAGGAGAAGGAGGAGGAGCUGGAGAAACGAUUGGAUUUCAAGAUUCGCUGAGGAAGGCCGCCGUCGCCAAUUCAACAAAGAGUCCCAAACAAAACAUUGAAUCUUCUGACGCCUCAACGUGGAGACAACAAUUGAGAAAAGUCGGAGAUACAUUACUGUCGAGGAGCAACUCCCUCAAAAAGACACAUUCGCCAUCAACUCUCGGAUCUCAGUUACACUCUCCCCAAUCUCCAGCUGUAUUUCUUCAUAACGAAAGAAUAUCCGCCAGCUCAUCAAGACGACAUGAAGUAGAGACCAAAGAGCGAGCAUUUGGGGCACACAAGCAGAUGGGAUCUAUAGACGACAACAUGGAAAAUGUUGUGGAAGAAAUUGCUGAAAUUGCUGAAACAGAGCCAAAGAUAACUCUUACAGCCCCUGAUGAGGAUCCUGAGAUGCCUAUCAGUCACCACAUCUGUGAAUGGCGCUCACGGUAUUUGGGGCUAAGUACUGCAUUUGAUAAACUGAAAAGCGAGUUAGAUAUCGCGCUACAACACCAAUCAAAUCCAGAUAACGUUGAACAAGGGCUGGGGACGGCUUCGCGUCAUGAUCAAUACAAUGACUACGGCAUCGAGGGUCUAACUAUUAUCGUGCACAGAAGAUACAAAGAGGAUUUAGUUCUCAAUACAGAUUUGAGAGAAGAAGAGUUGGGCGAUAUUGGAGAGUAA